CAAUGUUUAGAAGACUUUCGAGUCUCUUGGUGUAAAGAAGGUAUUGAAAUUUAAUCAGAUAUAAAACAAAAGACACUGGAGAUAUAAAUUUAACAAAAAAAAAUUUUAGUUCAUUGCUUUUGUUAUUAUAUUGUUGAUUUGUAAUUUAUAACAAUUUUAUUCACGAUGCGAUUAAAUCAUUAUUGACCAUUGCUAAGAUUUAGAACGCAAUACGACAAAAAUAUAUUCUUUUUUUUUUAACUUAAACAAUGUGGGAAACGACGGAGGAGGAAAUUCGGGACAUGAUGGCAGUGUGGCCGGAAAUUGUUCGUGAAAUCAUGGAACAUGUCAAAAACAUUCCUAACAUUGGUAAAUGGUUGGAAAAAGUAUUACAGUAUAAUGUCUCAGGAACAAAGAAACUGCAUAGCUUAACAUUAAUUUAUGCCUACAAGUCGAUAACGUCUAAUAAACAACAGACACAAGAUAACAUUUACCUUGUGCAGAUUUUAGCAUGGUGUCUGGAAAUGGCGAUAGCUUAUAUGGUCAUGAUCGAUGACAUUAUGGAUCGGUCGUUAUUUCGCCGAGGUCAACCAUGCUGGUAUCGACACGAUGAUAUAGGUUUAAUGGCAAUCAAUGAUGGCUUAUUAGUAGAAAGCACUGUGUAUUAUUUAAUUCGGAAACACUUUAAAGGAAAAGAAUGUUAUGAUAAUUUAGUAGAAACAUUUCAACAGGCUAUAUUUAAGACACUAAUGGGCCAGUUUUUGGAUAUGACCUCGACUUUCAAGAAAUCUCAUCUGGAUCAGUUUACGACGAACCGAUACCAUUCCAUUGUUAAGUGCAAAACAGAGAAUAUGGCAUAUUUGGUACCAACAAUUCUAGCAAUGCAUUUUGCUGGAAUAAAAGAUCCAGAGAUGUUCAAGCAAGCAGAAACUGUCUUGUUAAAAAUGGGAUAUUUGUAUCAAGUUCAAGAUGAUUAUUUAGGUUGUUUUGGGAAUUUCGAAGUUUUUGGCAAAGAUAGUACUGACAUAGAAGAAGGAAAAUGUACGUGGCUGGUUAUUCAAGCUCUUCAACGCGUCACGCCAGAGCAGCGUAAAAUUUUAAAAGAAUGUUACGGAGUUUCAGAUCCAGAAAAAAUAAGACGCGUGAAACAGCUUUUUAUUGAUUUGGAUUUACCGAACAUUUAUUUAAAAUACGAAGAAGAGACAUAUAACAAUUUGAAAGCACAAAUACAGCAAAUAUCAUGCGGGCUUCCACAUUGUUUUUUUUUAGAUUUAUUAAGAAAGACACAUCACAGAAAGGAAUGUCCUGUUUAAAACAUAUCUUGAACAACAAAGUGUUCCAACUAAGCAUUUGUUUUAAACAUUUUUAAAAUAAAUAUUAGAAACCUUUUUUGGUGAACGAUUCAAACAAGAUUAUUUAGGCAAAUAUUCCGUUUUCUUAUAUUUAUAUUCUAUUCUCUUUUGGGAAUUAAAUCUGCCUCAUUUUUACUGUAGAAGACGAAAAUCGUUGAUACACAAACGUAAAUCUAGAUGCAAUAUUAAAAAUAUAAACUUCUCUUUUAUCUCAUAUUAUUAAAUCAGUUGUGAUUUACUGUAAUUUUAUUUAUUAAGCAACAAAAUGCCAUUAUUAAGUAACAAAUUGCUAUUCUUACUGUUUUAACAUUUAUUUUAAAAGUUACGUUUAAAAUGUUAGAUAUUAUAAAAUGAAUACUAUGAUAUUCAAAAUUACAAGUAGCAUAUAAAAAAAUAUUUAAAAAAACAGGUAUAUUAAUAACAACAUUUUGUACUGCAUCGCCUAUCCAUAUUAAUAAGUGCUUUUAUAUCAACAAGUAUUUAUAGUAAAAAAUUAGUGCUUAAUUGGUAUUAUAGCUAUUAUUUGGUUCACUCGGGUGCAACAGUUGUAAUAUAUUAUUAGAAUGCAAAGUGUUAAAAUAAUACAACAAUAUCUGUACCGUAAUUUUUAAUAAUUAACAGCAUACAAAAAAUAAUUUAUAGUUUUAAUGAAAAAGUUACUUAAAAAGUAAAAACAGUAUAUUAAUUAUAAGUUCGGCUCGAAUAUAGCGAAAGCAUCAAAAACACUUGAAAAGAGUUAAUUAGCGCGUAUCAAGAAAUUUAUAUAUAUUAAAUUUAAUCGUUUAUUUGUAUAUAUGCAACAUUAUAUACAGGGACGUUUCGAUUCUAUACAUCUAUGGAACGUAUUAUGAAUGUCUAAUCGACCUCAAUUCCAUUAUCAUUUUUUCCUAUAGUGCAUGAUACAAAGACAAGGGUAUGCUCAUCCGAUGAUAUCCCUUUGCGUAGAUAUAAGAGAAAAGCACAUGAUCGUCACCAGAUUAUGUUACAUUUACGGAAUAUGGUCGCAAAUCACUAUGGUGAUCAAAUGAAAACGGCAACGCAAAUAACAAAUGUUGAAUUUGAGAAAUAUUACGAAUUCCAGCUUCGCAAAAACAAAUUUAUGUUUAACAAAUUGGCGACAAUUGUACAACAAAAAAUACAACUGCAGAAAUUAUCUCGUGCAAUAAUUCUGUGCCUUGUUCGUACACGAACAUAUAUUCAUGUUCGUAUAAUGAAUAGACAAAUAUGUGAACAGAACAGAAAUAAAAAUAAGAAAAAAAAGAUGGUAAAAUUUACUAACAAUAAAAUAUAAUGCAUUAAUCUA